AUGCUGCUCAAAGAAUUUGUGGAGGUUUACAACCAGACUGAUUUCGAGGACGAUGGGGACACCGUUAAAGUGAUAUUAAUUUUGUACACGGAGCUUGUGAUGAUGGGAAAGAGCAAGAGCAAGUUGAAAGUUGACAUCGACUUGUACAACCAAGUCGAUGACUUGGACUACUUCAACCAUUUGGACUGGGGUUCUCAUGUUUGGAGUAGGAUAGUUAACGGCCUGAAGCGUGCGAUGAAUGGAAAAGUUGCGCUAUACAAGAAUAAAGUGAGAACGAACAAAAAAUAUCAAGUAAGCCUACAAGGAUUUCUGCUUGCGUUUCAGAUAUAUGAGAUUGUCCCAUCUCUCAUCACUCCCGGUGUCAAUCGUUUAAGCGAGACCGCGAUUCCCCAGAUAAUUUGGUAUUCGUGUAGUAGAGUCGUCGGUACAAAAGAUCUGAGGGAGGAGGUCCAUAGUUCAGCAGUGUUGGUCAUAUCUUAUCCAUUCGUGGAGACGGAGCUGGAAAGGGACUACCAGAGAGGAUUUGAGGACUUGUUUCCCGAGGAGAUGCCGAAGGAAUUGCCACCACUUCGUGGCAUCGAGCAUAAGAUUGACUUCAUUCCAGGUGCUACCAUACCUAACCGACCAGCUUAUAGGACUAAUCCUACUGAAGCCAAAGAAAUUCAAAGGCAAGUGGAUGACUUGUUAGCUCAUGGGUAUGUACGCGAAAGCCUUAGUCCUUGUAGUGUGCCUGUUAUUUUAGUGCCUAAAAAAGAUGGAACUUGGAGAAUGUGUGUAGACUGUAAGGCCAUUAAUAAGAUCACUGUUAAAUAUCGUCAUCCUAUUCCUAGGUUAGAUGAUAUGUUAGAUGAAUUGAAUGGCUGUAGUAUCUUUACUAGGAUUGAUUUGAAAUCUGGGUAUCAUCAAAUUCGUAUGAAUGUUGGAGAUGAAUGGAAAACUGCAUUUAAGACCAAAUAUGGAUUGUAUGAGUGGCUUGUUAUGCGUUUUGGUUUAACUAAUGCUCCUAGUACUUUCAUGAGGUUGAUGAACCAUGUAUUGGUUAAUUUUCUUGGUUUCAUAGUGUCUAGUCGAGGAGUUGAGGUGGAUAGUGAGAAAGUUAAGGCUAUUAGCGAAUGGCCAACUCCUAAGAAUAUUGGGGAGUGGGAUUGGAAUUGGGGCUGUACUAAUGCAAAACCAUAA